GAGAUGUGGGGGACAACACGAGCCUGGUCGGCCUGAACUUUUUAACUGCGGAGUGAGAUCGUUGUUUGCGAUUCGACCAGACUGGAUUUUUGGAGGCGCAACGGAGGACGAGGACGCCUACGAGGAAGGGAGAAAAGUAACGAGGGCACGCCGACGGCCGAAGCGCGGAGCAUAAUACGGUGCGUGCGCGCGUAACACGUCAGACGGACCUUUCCCCCCCCCCCGGGCCCCGAGAGGAUUGGCCCCCUUGGAAUUUUUUCGACGAGGAGGCGUGCGGAAACGCAAAAACGCAACCGCGAGGUGAAUUUGGCCAGGAGCCAUCCGAUCCGGUUCGUUUCGGUAGCGUCGUAGCCGGUCGUGGUGGAAGCUACGGCCGCGGAAGAAGGCAAACAAACGCAACGGCUCCGUGGUCCGCCAUCUUGGACAGAGAGUGGAGCGUUAUUGUCGCGCCGGGGAGCGGGCGGGGAACGUAUGUGCGCCGCUUUUCCGUAAUCGGCGGCGUGAGAGCGGGCCACGCGAGAGGGUAGGAGAGGAAAUAUAUUGAGCUAAAGGUGGCUAACGGUCAUCGGAUGUGGUCGAAUUUGCGAGGUACGCGUACUGGGAGGACCGUGAGAGAAGAGGAACACGAGGCGAGGUAGCAUCGCGCUAACAGCACCCGGGGGCGCCCCGCCGCACUUAUCCCACCGCGUCGUCACCGUCGUCGUCCCCACCACCGCUCUGCCCUGGAUACCGUGAUUAUUGCGCAGUUGGAAAAAUUGCUGAGCAGGGACGCGGGACGCCGUCCCCCCGAGAGGCGAACCAGCCAACGUUCACCGGCCGACGAGUUGGCUGAGUGACGUGGAGGUGUAGUGAACCGAAACAGAGGAGAGAUAGAUAGACAAACAUCCGAGCCAUGACGAACUCCGCGCCCAAGUUAGACAACGCCAAGGUGGACCGACAGGCCUCGCCGAAGGUCGGGUAUCAGCACAACCACCACCAUAAUCGUUCCAACAGUAAAUCAUCGCCGUUCUUAUACAAGAACGGUCGCCACGCGGUCAGAAACGCUAAAGACGGCCGGCAAAGCGCCAGCCCAUACAGCCCGUCGGCCAAGAGCGCGAGAAGCUCGCCACAACAGCUACAGCAGCAGCAACCACCACAACAACAACAACAACAAGAGCAACAGCAACAGCAGCAGCAAUCAUCACCACUACCACAACAGCAGCAGCAGCAUUGCGAGCAGCACAGUCCGAGCAGCAGCCCGACCAACAACUUCUACGCGGGCGCCAAGUUCUCGGAAACGCCGUCGCCUGCGAGCGUGCCUAAACCGCCGAGUCGUUGGACGAGCAGAUUGGUGAAUGGCUGCCGCCAGUUGGACAGCGCGAGCGAAUUUACGAGGCAGCUGCGCAUAGUGCUGAACGUUCAGGCUUGAUACCCAAAGACCAACGUAUACAUCAGCAACGCGCGAGGUGAGAGGUGGCGGCCGUCAGUGGCUCCUAGAGAAUCAGGUACGGUAGGGAAUCAUCGUCGGUAAGAAUCAUCGGCCGUGAGGACUGCGAGAAUAAGAGGGACGAUGAUAGCGACGAUGAUGAGGAUGAAUGUGAAGAUUAUAAUGAUGACGAUGAUGGUGACACCGUGUGCGGUCCAUAUACACACGGGUUUUCGAUUUUAUCGCGCGAGUGGAUAUCCCGUAAUCCGUUCUUUACGCUAAGAUACAUCCAGCAUACAAACUUGAAACCUUAUAUAAGACUAUGCAUCGCGAGGGGGGGGGGAGGGGGGUGACGACACGGUGCAUCGGUGCGUCCCGAUGCCGCGAUCAAUGUGUGUGCACGCGAGAGAUACAUUAUAUAUGUAUAUAUAUGCGUUCUGGAACUCCCAUCACGCGCCAUUGUGACAAAAUGUAAGUAAUACUGUAUUUUAGAUUAUCGUAUACCGCUAAACUUACAAAAGGAACACAAAGGAGAGCCCCACGUACAUACAUAUAUAUAUAUUAUCUGUAUAACAUCUGAAAACACAAAGAGAGAGAGUAACAUCCUCAGUCUGACGAGACGACAAGCGCGAGAACGAAGCGAAGAUGCGCUUCGCGAUUUUGUCAAACGAUGGACUUCAAUAUCGACGCGUUGAAAAACAAAAAGAAACAACGUCCGACGAUUUUUCGCGACCGCUCUUUCCAAAGCGAUUUUUGGAAGCACACGCGCUUCACGCCGUUCUCGAGACAGCCGGUGUUUCUAACGCGCAUUUUUAUUAUCCCCUCGUGCUCUAAUUUGACACAAACGGCGUACGCAAUCUCCCGAUCCGUUGCUACAGAUAUGCUGGACAAACAAUUUUGCUUAAUAGCCGCCCGACUAAUGAUCGUUAUCUGUAUACUUCUUUAUUAACAGUUUCUCUCGCGGACUCUAUCAUUUUUUUGGUAUUACGGAUCGUAAAGGGACACGGCUUCGUAUAGGAGAUUUAUUUCAUGCAGCUUUUUUUUUUUAAUUUCCGUUUACUUUUCUUUUUCUUUUUCAUUUUGUGUUGGAGAUAUUUUUAUUUUCUUGCUAUUCCGCUACUCACUGCUAUCCGUUACUCUUUACGUGAGAUAAGUGUAUAAGGUGUAAGUUUUUUUUUUUUUUUUUAGUUUCUCAGUGCGUGUUACGCGAGUGGGUUAAUUAAACGUGAUUGACAUAACAAAGAGGUAGGAGGGGGAUCGGGAGAAAUCUGAAUGGAGAGGGGAGGUGAUCGAAUGGAUACGCUUUGCGGAUACGUUAUGACGGUUAUCAUGACGUUGCGGGAGAAUUCACAUUUCGAUCACGCUUCUCGCGCUCUCGAUUUUCGGCGAUGUUUCAUCAACAAAAUCAUUAAUGAAAUUGCAUGUAAAUUUAAGAUUUAUUUUUACGAUAGGGGGGCAAAAAAAUAGAGACAGAGAGAUAUGGAGACAGGGAGAGAAGAUUUGGCUGGUUCGUCCGUUGCAAACGGAAUUGUCGCAAACGCGUCUCUCUCUCUUAUUUAUAAUCUCGAUUUAUAAACAAUUUCAAAUCUAUGUUUAUUGAUCAUCACAAUGACUGUUGUUACAUUUGAAAAAUUCACGUACUAAUGUAUUCUAAUGCUUUAUUUAGACGCGGAUAUCGAGGACGAAGAUUUUUAAGAGGGAAGAGAGUAUUAGCGUCGCGAUUGUCCUGAUUAAUUAACGUCGGAUUGGCGAUUGUCUGUCCCUUCUUAGGGCGCAAUCGUGGCCGUAACAGAGAAGAUAGGGACAUUGAUAGCGACAUUUAAAGGGCGGUCGCGUCCCUGAUGGGGGGAGGACCGAGAUUCGUAAGAUAGAUUAAAAGCAGGAACAACAGUUAACGAUAACGGACGUUAACUCGACCCGUCCUUGAAGAGGAGUUGUCCUUCGUGCGAGUUUCUGGAGUUUCUUUUCUUUGUGCCGGACAGAAAGGAGGGGGCGGUCGGAACUUUUUUUCGUUGGUUUACAAUGCUUUACGGGCGCAAUUGUCAUAUCAAACUCGCACCACUUCUAAACUAUAUACCGGACACAGUAAAUGGACUUAAUAUAUAAUAUAGUAACGAUAACAAUAAUAUUUAAGGGUAAAUAAAUAACAAUAGUGGUAAUAAGUUAAGGCCUUAACGAUACGAUAGCGUGGAGAAUACGAUCGAUUUGACAUUGCACAAUCAAAUCGACAAGUGUGGUUUCGUCGGAUUUAGAUUUAGAUUUUCAAAGCUUUAAAAUUCUUGUGUGUUAAAUAUUUCUUUGUUUAUUUUUUUUUCUUCUAAGCAAAAUUAUUUCAAGCCACAGACUGAACAAAAUUCUUUGACGUAGUGUUUUAAUUAAUGUUUAAUUUUUUUUCUUUUAUAAGUUUCUUGAUAACUUGCAAAUGAUUUUUUUGCAACUGUCUAUGUCCACUUUUCUCCUCUUACGUCAAUUGCUUUCUUCGGUAGGCGAUUAGUCUUUAGGUAAGAACCGAGUUUGCGAAACGGGUGUGAUUGUGGAACGCGCGAAUGAGAGUAGGAAAGUAAAAUGACAAAAUUGAGACACGAGAGACCGAUAUCAAAACGCGUGAUUUCGAUUUUUUUUUCUUCGAUUCCUCGCUCCGUAUCUAUAGUUUUGUAAGAUGAAAUACGCGAACGGUAUCUAUUAUAGCAGCUAACACACACGCACACGUACGUUUGAUCUACGACGUCGAAAAUUAUCGAAGGAAAAUACCGUUUCUUAUACACGCGGACAGAGGCAAACGCGAGUGCUUGUCGGAUGUAAACUCUCGAACGUGCGCGAGAACGGACACACGUUCCCUUUCCUUUUUUUUUCAUCCUCGGCGCGUCGUGCGCGACCGGGCUCCAAGAGAGAGAGAGAGAGAGAGAGAGAGAGAGGAGAUCGAUAAUCUCGGGAUAAGCACGCUCGAAGGAGAGAGUUUGGCAACUCGUUUUCACGAAUGCGCACGAAUUACGAAUCAUCACAGGCCCAGAGAUUUGUUUUUUUUUUCUUUUUUUCGUUUUGUUUGUUUGUUUUUUUAAUACGAUCGAUACAUGCACUUUUGCGUUCGAAAUUUAAUUCGCCGUCGUCGUCGCGAACGGCGACGGCGAAAUCCGUGUCUUGAACACCACGAGAAUCGAUGAAGGGAGAACGAGACGAUCGCGACGGAAUUUAAUUUUACGCGACGGUACAAGGAGCUGAAACGCUUUAAAUCGCAGAGUAUCGGUGAGUUUGCAAUCAUUUUGCAAUCACAUCGCCUGUUUCCUUUUUUACUUAACGAUUCUCGUUUCUUAUUCUUCCGCGGGUUGGGCAACAACACGCGGGACGAUACCGACUAAUAUCUUGGGGGGGCCCCCAAGAUAUUGCUCCAGUAUCUCUCCACGUGUUGUUGACGAACUUGCGCGUGUAUCCCGAAACCGCCUCUUGAAAACCGUCAAAUACAGGUUGAGACAUUCCUGCUCAAACGCGGAUCUUUGAGGGAGGCGGUUUCGGAGUGGCAUCACACGAGAGUCCGAAUUCUACUUCAAAUGAUAAUACUUGUGUAUAAGUAUAUAAGAAUAGUAAUACGCAAUCUCACUCUGAAUUGAACAGGAGCCCAAAACACUUCAAAUAAUGAAACAUGUGUACAUACUACACAAUUCUGAAUUAAACAAUUUGACGGACCGUAUUUUAUCGAAGCUGUCAAGCCGGCAGCUUGUUAAUUCAAUAGGUAAAUUCUUGGAUCAGCUACGUAUCCACUUAUUCGCACAGCUCCCGAUUCGAUUUGCGACAAACAAAUCAGCUCCUUGUGACAUAGAACCGUCUGUACCGCAUUAUUUUAAACGCCGUAUAUCGAUAAAUUCGUGCCGUUAUUUUUUUUAUUUUUUUUUGAAAAUAUUUAAUUUAUCUUUUUUAUAUGUUAAUUGUUGCUUUUCGUAGGUGAUUUUUCAUUGUCGCUUCCCGCACGCGGUUCUCGCGGCGAAUUGUAGAGCCGGCUAGAGAGACGUCUUGAGGCAUCGCGAUCUUGUUCAAGAGCCUUCGAAUUGGUCACCGAGCAGCCGAGUCGACGCGCGAUUAAAGGCGAAGACUUUCUAUCUCGGUGUGCGGGUUCAGGGCCGGAUAAAUCGUCACGGUCGCAGAGCUCGCGGUAGAUCCUUGGAGCGAGAAGGAAACGAAUUCAACACUGCCGUCCGGUGAGAGAAAGGGAGACAGAAAUGCGCGAUAUGUGGGGGGCAAGUGAAAACGUGCGUAUCCGUUGUCGCGAAGACGCGCGCGCCGAUCAGCCACGCGAUCCCGGAACAACCAAUGUGUAAAUUAUCAGCUGCGUAAACGAAAAUUGUAGCUUCGAUUGUUAAGGGAAAAAGUCUUCCCGUAAAUCGGGAGUACAAACAGGGACGCGUUCUCGUCCUAUUCCCCGAGAUUCCAGGAGCGCGUGGCUAGAAGACUCGAACGUUCGUGUUGAGGGCGGGCCACGUGUAAUCGGAAUUUUCGGAGGACGGCGAUGGGCGCCAGCGCCAGGCUCGAUUUUUCCCUCGCGGAUCUUUUUACGGCGCGAACGUACAACCGGCGAAAAAGGAAGGAUUAUACGCGUAAGACGAACGACGGAGAGGAGGAGAGGUGGAGAAGAGAAGCCACGAAUGACAGAAUCAAUUGUUUAACGAAAAGAAGAGUCGGGAAAUUAGCUGUGAUGAUGACUCAAUAGAUACUAUUAACUUUUAAUUGAUAACUGAUUAAUCGAUAUAAAAUACAUAUAUCUAUAUACAUACAUAUAUUAUGUAUACCCACACGCGUACGCGCGCAUAUAUUAUAUAUACAUUAUAUAAGAUUUAAAAAAAAAACCGAUAGAGAAAAAACCGCAAAGUAGAGUUUAGGUACGAUAAGUAAUGGCGUUAUUAGUUGGAUAAGAGAGAGAAACAUCGCGAUAGAUAAGCAAAGGGGAAAGAGAGAGUGAGAGAGGGGAGGGAAGAAACGCGUUUUCGCAUCUUCUCUCUUUCUCUCGCUCUCCCUCUCUUCCACGAGAGAGAAACGGUGAUACGAUAUCCGUAUUCUUCAUGCUUUAAUAUUAAUAAACGUGAUUAAUUUUUGACGGUUCGAUAUAAACCGGUAAACGCGCUCGGUGAUAUUCGAGGACCGAAUGACGAGCGCGAGAGGAAAGGCAGAAAGACAUCAGAAGGGGGGAGGGAGGGAGAUAAUGACCCGAGCGUUUCCAUCUUACGGCUUUAAAACACGACCCGUCGUGUCGUGACUAUACACACAUGCACACAUACAGAUAUAGCUGAUAAUGAUAGCUCGUAGUCUGUAAUUGUAAACGACGCGCGGCUGGGUCGUCCCGGAAGGACGCGGAUCGAUUUGAAGCGCUGAGGACAGACCAGGUCGCCACGAGGCUCGUUCCGAGGAACGAGAUUGCCGAGAUUGCGAAACGAAUUUUCAAGUGGCGUCGUAAUGGAGAGAGCUGAGCGCGACUGACGUGUGUCGGAACGCGGAAGACUUUUUCCGGAUUCGUGGUCCAUUUGGAUAAAUCAAAAUUUAGGAAAAGCGCCCGAUAUCGAAUACCUAAGCAAGCUCUCUGGAUACUUGAUUUCAAAAUUUUUCGAAACUAGACUCGAUCCGCUCUGCAGUCUCAGCGCUUCAUUUCCGAACGAGCGAUUGGCCAUCCUCAGUAAGCGCGUUUUAGAUGUUCAAGCGUCUCGACGUGGUCACUCCGGAGCCAAAUGACGUGUAUACAUAGACCAAGUAUUCCUAUGCUUUUGCGAUGGAGGGAGUGAAGCCGGAAGUUGGCAGUUCAAGACGGAGAUGGUUGAUUUGCCCCUGGUGCUUUCUCACUCUAGCUUGGAUCGACUGUCAAGAGUCGUCAUAGAGUCGUCAUUAGAAAAUGAGAAAGUACUAAGGGCGAAUCAACUAUCUCGCUCUGUCUUAAACUGCCAACAUCCGGCUUCGCUCCGCGAGUAGAAUGCUUGGUCUAUGUACACGCGUCAUUGCCGGAGCCACGUUGGACCAGUUUUGUUUCCGUGAGAAAAGCAAGGAAAAAAGUCUGGGGGGGAAAAACGAUCGACGCGGAUCAUCGUGCGUGUGAUAUCCCUGAAGAAAGUUCCGGGUUAGAUUUUCUCUCGUGACGAGGAGGCUGACCGGCAGACGCGGGACGACCCAUUAUCGGUCAACAUUCAAUUGUGAUAUUGUAACGUACAAAAUCGCAAAUAGGCUCGGGCUUAAUUAAGGGCGGCAGGCGAGACGAUAUCGCGAGGGUGAGCGGGUAUAGAGUCGCGUCUUCACACGAGUUUCGCGGUCGCGUUCGCGCUACGCUUGUCGCGAACGAGUUUCGAACGGGAAUCGACGAGGUGGUCGAUCAUGUGGUCCGGACGUUCCAUCGUGAUUCGGCAACAUUUCUGUAGUUGCCGUCACGGACCUUUCGAGCGAGACCCGAGGCGCAAAGAGAUCCGUGCUUAAUCGCUUCAUUAUUAAUUCCCGACAAGCUCGCAAUAUUUUUCGUGGCAAUAUAUAUAACGACGACAAACUGAGAAAUCUUAUUUUACAAGGAUCGGAUUCCGUCUCAAACGAUUCGGUACAUUUUAUUUGAGCACAUAUCUGCCUAGUCACGUUUUCUCGAUAAAUUAUUCCUUUCGGCGAAGACGCGAAAUUAUUAUCACCAAUAACAGACUUUUUUUUUUACAUGGGAGAAGUCUUUAAAAAGACACUCUCGACUGCUGGCUACAGUGCCAAGGGUAAUGUGGGAUUCUAUGCAUGUGCAUCGCGAAAGAUAUUACGUGCGUAGCAUACCCACUAAAAUCCUCAUGGUGGCCACAUCAGGCGCUGUGGGAGACUGCCCCGGGAACUUGGCUCUUGCAUUACUUUCAGGGACCAAUAACGGACCUGAGAAUUUUAUCAUCUGAGAGAACUUUUCAUUUUAUUUCGCGGAUAAAUCCAAAUCGCAGCACUAUCGCCGUUCAAGCGUACACGUGAUAUAAAUAGAAAUAGCUAUGCAUGUGUGUGUGCAUAUAUUCUUUCGCUAUAUAUCUUCGCUGCUUUCACACUUUGAAAGAAUUACCAAUUCUUGGUUGGGCUUGGAUUAUAGCCGCAUCUUAUCUCUCGCUCGUACUCUAUUGGGGUGCCAUUAAAGAAUUAAGUAACAUUUCGUUUAUGCUUUCUCGAUCACGGUGGAGCAAAGCGGUAGUAGGUGAUAGUAGGGGGAGGAAACGCUGCUGGAAAAUUUCACGGUGCUCUUCUUACGGACCCUCCAAAACUUCGUACAAAUACUUCCUACAAAAGUAUGCAGUUCUGACAAAGGGAAUCGCUUUGGAACUUUCACGAGGAAUCCAUCGAUUGCGGAGUUGAUCGUUUUAACUUUAAAUUUAUGGCUCCUUCUCGGGGGAACCUUCUGAGGAAACCCCGUUUUCCUCUUCGAGCAAACACCGAGGUGUUUGGGAUGAACGGGCUAGCUCUCGAUGACCCUACGCGAAUGGAUUAGAGUCGAACGCUCAUAUACAGCUUUUUAGCAAAUGAUAACUUUCUCGCAGGGAUGAGUAAAUCAUUUUUUUUUUAGAUAUAUCUUUUAUCUACGUUUAAUGUACGCUUCUUAAGGAUGACUUUUGCAGACACGAGGACAGUUAGUAUCGCGUAACGUGAAACUACCUUUUUUUCUUUUUAAUCAGGACUUUAACUUGUUUUGAAAGAAUUUUUUUUUACGAAAAGUAGAACGAACAGAUCGUUCGUCGCAACGAUACCGAGUCCAUUCACGUUUUAUCAUCGAAAGGUCUCUGCGCGCAGAAAUCGAGAAUCGGAAGGUAACUUUGAAAAACUUGGCGAAUCUCCGUCGUCGGAGAGACGCGGGCUACUCGAGCAAAAGCGGAGAUAUUGAAGCUCAUCGUGAACGAAACCAACGUGUUCCGAAUCGGAAUUACCGCGGUGUCUCGCGAUCGCGUGCCCUCGGGGGUUCUCCGCUUCCCCGUUCGCCGAGGAGGGAGAAUCCCAAAUGGGGCGAUUCGCGAGGGACCUCGGAAACCGACCCUUCCGUCAUUGUACAAGACUCGCGUACACGCUCACGUCUUAUCAUACCGAGCACAGGGGACACAAACACGCAGCCACACGAAAACACUGUGUCGAUUAAUUAAAUAAGCCUUAAAUUUAGGUUUAAGUUGAGAGGUUUGACAAAGCGAGAAACGAAGGAGAAGAGGAGAAAAAAGAGAGGGGAAAAGAAAGAGAGCGAAAGAGAGCAUGGUUUAUACAUACCGAAGUACUCAUGGUCCAACGUUACGAACGAUCCGCAGCUUCUUCAAAGAAAAAAAAGAGGGGCGAAUAAUGGCGCAAAAUUCUCGAUUUUCCUUUUUCUCCGCGAUUUUUACUCGAUCGAUUAUUAUCAAUUCACUCCUCGGUAAUGACGACAGCAUUGUACAUUCCUUCGAUCUUUUUAUUCUCCGAAAAUUCUUGCCGUUCGUAAAUUUACGCGCCCCGUGCCUCUUUUUCGCAUCGCUCACUCGUCUUGCCCGACGUUAAAGUCUCCUUUUCCUUCUUUUUUUGUUUUAAAUUAGUUUUUAAGCUUCGUUGUUACGGAGAAAAGGAAAGCAUAAUUCGAGGCACGAACUUCGAUCUCAAUCGUACCGCGAAAGAGCUUUUCACCUCGCGGACACCGAUUCCUCAGGGUCCGCGUAAGCGCCGACCGUUUACGCGCGCCCGGUGCGUCAAAGCCGGUGAAUUUUGAAGUCGUUCAAUUAAUUAAAAAAAGACAUCUCGAGGGGCUAGAUAGAGUUCGUUUUUUUAAGCGGAGACACGCGUUCAUCGACACGUUCGUGGCGGGAGGGAGGAGGUUGUUCGCGGCUUGCCAGAGCGUUUCGCGCGCGUCCUCCGCGAACCCCCCGGGGAGUUCGACGGGGGAAUCGACCCCCGUCGACGUGACAAUAUAUAUAUAUAUAUACAUGUAUAUUCUUUUUUUUAUCCUUCCUCCCGCCGCCGUGUGUGAAACGCGGUAAAAACGCGGCUGCGCGACGCGACAGUGCGAGGGGCACCGUCGGGGGGAGGAUUUCAUUUUAUUCCUCGCGAGAGAGGGAGAUCUUAGCGGUCUCCUCGAAAACGUGGACGAUGCUCCCCGUCGCUCGCACCGUGGCGAACGCGCCGUCGGAAGCGAGAAGAAUCGUUCGCGCGGCGAGAGAACGCAUUGACUAUUUGAGCGAAUCGAGACCAUGUACCUUGAUAUAUAUAUAUACAUACACAUAUAUAUAGUUUAGUAUAUUUCCGGAUAAUGAAAGUGUGAGUGUGUGAGUGCGGUAGAAUGCGUGCGUGCCAAAAUAAGCGAGUGCGAAAAGAAUGAGAGUGAAAAGGAAUACAAAAAUAUAUAUAUAGAAAUAUAUAUACAUGCGUACGGAGGACGAGAAUGUGUGUGCGUGAGUAUGUGUGUUACGUAUGGGUAUGUGUGCAAAAGAGCUUCCUCUUCCAAGGGCACGUUUUCUCUGCCGAUCCGUCGAUCUUUUAAUCGAUUAUUGAUACUCAUUGUUUAUAAACAAGGCGCAACACGUGCGUGUAUUGUCAAAUAUAAUUCUUCGCGCAUCACCAUGUGCGUUUGGCUCGUAUCGGCCUUUGUUUAUCUCUUGAUGAGACGAGGAGCAGAGAACUCCAGCUUUAUGGAAACUCGUGACUGAUACGUAAACGCAGACGGUGAUCGGCGCGGCGAUUGGGAAAGUGGCACGUGGAACCGUUCGGCGGAUCGCCGGAAAAAAAAACGUGUCGCUCUGGAUCAGAAUUGUUUUCGCACGCGAGCAGGUCCGUGAUGCGGAACGUCGGUUCGAUCGUCGUCGCAAGUAGCGCGCGAGCAAAACGGUAGCGCGCGUGUGAAAGCAACUUUCCCUAUUUGGUAAAUAAUCGCGUAAGACGUUCCCCUUAUAAUUUCUUGGCGCAGGGAGAGGGGGGAGAGAUAUUUUCUGCGUGUGUGGAAUCCGAUCGUCGAGAGAGGAAGAUUUCGCAGCGACAAAUUAAUCGCGAAUCGUCGGUAGGGAAGCAUUGUCUCGAAUUAUCAAAAAGAAAGAAUCGUUCAUUAAUGUUUUUCGUUGAUCAGAGAAAUUAUUGUAAUCGGUAAACGAAGAACAUUGAUCGAAUCAUUCAGAAUUAAACAAUACAGAUGCGAAUAUGUACAUUUCAAAUCGUAUAACUUUAAAAGAGCUUUAAAGAUUCGAACUGACUGUCACAAUCUACGGCAAGUCCUUAAUUUUUUUAAGGAGAUAUUACAAUUGACUAAAGAUUUUUUCUUUGUCAUUUAUGUCAUUUAUUACUUGCUGAAGGUUGACCGAUCGUUUAUUGAUAUUAUCCUAAAAGGCUAUUGCCGUCGACGAAAAAUGAUUCAUAUUGCGAGAAAACAAAAUUUUAUACAAAAUUUAUAUUUAUUUACA